AUGUAUCAGGGCGUGAACGCGGCUGGUCGUUCACUCAUCAGCGGCAAUGGAACUCUGGCCGGUUGGACUCUGUCGCUCAUGAAGGCCUGUAUUCAGCGGUCCUCCAUCACCACCACCAUCAUCUGCCUGUUCCUGCUGCUGCCACCAUGGUGGCUGUCGUUGUGCUGCCCGCCUCUAUGCCCCUCCUGCCGCCGCGAACCAUCCACUAUAAUGUACGCGUCAUCGUUGUCCUUCAAUAGCUUUCUCAGGCAGCCAUCAUCCUUCAUUGACGCGGCAUGGAGUGUGACGACCCUUGCGAUCAGUGUCGCGGCAAUGCCGGUACCUUCCGUACUUGCGUUGUGUCUUAUGAAUACCGUUCGGCCGGUUCUAACCAGAGACGGGCUCUUCGGAGGAGCCUGUUCGAACUGUAUUUGGAAUGGGAAAGGAGCAAAAUGUGCCUACUAUCUCGGUAAGGAGGGGGCUUGGGACCCGUCUGAUGACCUGGUGGUGGCCUUCGGGCCAUAUGCGAGGAACCUCAUCGACGUCUUUUCGAAGCAGGAUUCCGAUACCUUACCGCUGCACCGAGGAGAAUUUGACCACCGAGUCGAGUUGGAACAGGGGAACACUGCACUCGCGUCUGGGUACUGCAAGAAAAUCACCCAGUAUGCCGCCCUGGAGAAAUCCUCGGGCAUUGAAACUGCAAUCACUCGCGGCUUGUUGACCAAGGACAUCCAUCCUAGGGAACAUGAAGGGAUGCAGCUCGGCAUCAAGUGCCACAAUCCCCUUCAGGAGUCGUCCUUCGCUGAACCACCAACCACCUCCAAGUUCUCAUUGCCAAAAUGCCAGGGGGAAGCUCCAACAACUUGUUCGAAAAUGUCAGAAUCCGAAAAGAAUGCACUAAGAGCACAAGGCAACGCCCUGCGAAUCUCGUUGGAGUGCAGCGUCACGAACAGGCACACAGCCAUGAAGGAACUGAUCGAGUCCCUGGCGAGCCUGGGGGAGCGAGGCUACAAUCGGAUUGUGACCUCUCAAGCCUCCUUUAUUGCCGUAAUUUACACUGCAGUUUCUCAACCACAGCCAGCUGCCAACAAUACUGGCUAUAAGGCUGAGGCUGCCAACCUGCGGCAAUGGUUCAAUCGUGCUGCUGAAGGGGUGACCGAUCCCACUCAGCUAAAUGAGUUGAACAUUCUGUAUGAACGACUGAUUGAAGCUAUGCGAAUUAUGCACUAUCAGUCUAACAACCCUGGUCUGGGAGGAGCUACAGGAGCUUCGCCAGCAGCGUCGAGCUCCAACCCAGGAGUCUCAGCUACUCCACCAAGUACCAACAUUCCUUCUUCAGUGCUCGCCACGUGGAGUGCGGAACCUUGUUCACAGUGCUCGAACGGUACAGGCACAUUCCAGUCGUGUGUAUCCGCCCCCGAAUAUGUCGUAAAUGGAAAAGGGAAAAGGAACUGCUGGAUUCGACAGCAGAAGCGUUCCCUGAUCUCGUUACGUCCAGUAGCGACUAGCAAUCGAUUCAUAGAAUACCAUUCUGCGGGACCAAACUUCAAGCAAGAGCUGCCUACAGUGGUCGAUCCCACCAUCCCUGUCGCCGCUGUGGCACCCACACCAGCUCGUCAAUCAACUGAGGUGACUGAUAUCGACCGCCCUCUGCAUUUCAUCCCAUCAUAUAGCGACAUCAGUAUCACCGAGAUCCAAGCACCCUUACCGAGCGACAUCAUACCGAUUGGGACUCUGACUGAGGAUAAUCCGGACCCACACGCAGACGACUGGUCACAAUGA